AUGGGCGAUACUACUCGUACAGGUUGGAUUGGUAUUACAUUACUCCUGAGCAAAGGUUAUUUUCUUCGGCAAAACAAGAUAAGAAGAACUGCAUUUUUCGUUCUGAUAUUGUUGAGCAUAUUAGCUACGUUACUUUGUCAGAGUGAACAGAACACAUGGGCUGCAUCUGCAGUUGAUCACGCCACUUAUAACAAUACAGCUCCUCUUAUUGUCACCUGGACAGCAUAUCCGGCGCACUGUGAUAGAGAGGCUGAACUUUUGAUGCCCGCUGCAAAAAGUUGCCUUUACCAAUGCGAAUUUGUUGAUAGAGAAGGGCAAAAACUUCACAGUCGAAAAGCUUCGGCCUAUCUUAUACAUGGGCUAUCUAUAAACUUUUUCGAUCUGCCUAAGCAGAGCACCGAACAUCUAAUUAUUCUUCUAAUGAGGGAGUCGCCACUAGAGCUAGAAAAGUGGAGUGAUGAUCGAAUCUACAGGGUUCCAAAAAACUACUUCAACGCUACCAUGACGUACAGAAAAGAAUCUCGGUACUUCUACGCUUACGGUCAAUUUGAAAUGAGAACAGCAAAUGAUGCUGUAGAGUCUGUGAUUACGCAAGAUCAGCUUCUCACCUCCUUGAAGAAGAAGACUAAUGGUUCUCUAUUAUUUAUAUCGAUCUGUAAUAGUGCGUCGAAAAGAGAACAAAAAAUUAGGGAACUGAGAAAGUUCACAGAAAUCACUACGAGAGGUCGAUGUGAGAAGAAAUUAGCAAUAAAUGGCAGCGCAACAAACAGUGAAUGCAAGUCCAAUUGCAAGGAUCAUGAACUGAUAGCUACUCACCGCUUUUAUAUUGCGUUCGAAAACAGUAAUUGCGACGGAUACAUUACGGGAAAGUUCUAUCAUCGAAUUUCGCAGUUGCUCGUUCCUGUGGUAUUAAAGCGACGGAUUUAUGAAGAUGCAGGAAUUCCGCCGACGUCUUUCAUAGCAGCCGAUGAUUUCGAUUCUCUUGAAGAUUUAGGGAAACACUUGAAUUACCUGCGUAAGAAUGAUACCGCAUACCUCAGGUACUUCGAGUGGACGAAGCGUUAUCGGAAACCGGAUGUGUACGAAACAAAUGCGAUGUGCAAGCUCUGCGAAGAUAUCUAUAAGGGGAACAGAAUGAUUGUGGACGAUAUAAAGAAGCACUUCUCCAAAGAUCAGUGCAUUUGA